UAGAAGCGAGACAAGCACUACUUCGCAAAUUCAUUGAUACUGCCAAGUAUUGUCGAGAAUUUAAUAACUUUCACACAUCAAUGUUUAUCGCGUUAACUUUGAAUUCGAAGCCAGUACGCCGGCUUGAACAAACUUGGGAAUCAUUGUCAAAUCAAGAUAUUGUGAAUCUACAAUGUAUUGAAGAGCUUAUUGAUUCAUCAGGGAAUAUGCGAAAUUAUAGAACAUCAUUAGAACAUGCUAAAUGUCCUAUAGUACCAUUUUUUGCUUCUUUUCUCAAGGACAUAACAAUUAUAAUGGAAGGUGUUCCAACCUUUUUAUCCGAUAAUAGUUUUCGAGAUAAACAAUUUCAAAGUCCUUCAGCGACCACAACACCAACUAUUGAAUAUAAUCAAGAAUCUCAUGGGUUACGAGCGGCAUCAAAUUCCCCAAUGCCAUCGCUAACUUUUUCAGAUGAACAAUGUACAAAACCUGAAUUAAUAAACUUUGAAAAAUUUAGAUCACUUAAAAAGAGUGUUUAUAAUAUUAAAAGAUACACAUCAAAAAGUUAUCUUUUUGAAAAUCAAUUAUCACGACCGACUACCAUUACUAUUACACCUUCAUCUGAUAAUAAUACAAUUGUACCUUUGAUGAAUACUCCUUCGUUAUCAACACCAAGUAUAACUAAUGCCACAUCGACAUCAAUGAACAUUCUUAGUAAUAAUAAAGCGUCACCUUCAAGCUCACCAUUGGAUUAUAUAGGUGAAAUAAUAGAAAGACGUCUAUAUGAAGCAGCAGGAUCGAUAUUUGGUAGUAAUGUAGCACAGAUAGCGAUGUCUGAUGGUGGUGAACUAGAAGCUCUUUUAAUGGCGUUAUCACUAGAAGCUGAACCUGUUGUUACAUCAGCGCAGUAA